AUGAGUUCCAUUAAGCGCAUGUCCCCAUUGGACUUGCUGUCUCUCAACUUGACCAACCUGGACCCCCUUACGGAGAACUAUGACCUCGGCUUUUAUCUAAACUACCUUACAAAAUGGCCGUCACUGUUCAGUGCGGUGAAGGAUCGCGACGCGGGCGUCACUGGCUAUAUCAUGGGAAAACUUGAAGAGCAACAUCCUUCUAUGCGACAAUCGGAGCACUACACCCCUUGGCACGGCCACAUCACAGUCCUAACUGUUGCGCCUGCCUGGCGCCGACUUGGUCACGCAAGCCGACUGACUGAACAGCUCGAGCGUGGGUCCGACAUCAACAAUGCCUGGUUCGUGGAUCUAUAUGUCCGAGCAGGCAACAAAGUCGCAGUAGAUAUGUAUAAAGGCAUGGGAUACUCCGUCUUCAGGCGAGUAGUCAGUUAUUAUAGCGAUGACCCAACCGGCAUGUCAGCUACCGGAGAAGACGCAUUCGACAUGCGGAAACCCUGCAGUCGAGAUAAAAAGCUAGAGCAUGUGCGGGAGAAGGGUGAAGAUUUCCUCGUUAACCCCGAGGACGUUUCAUAA